AUGUCGGAGGACGCAGCAUCAGUAAAGCCCCCCAAGAGGUCUGCCAAGGAGCACCCCCAGGCGCUCAUCUCGAAAUUCUGGCAAAAGUUCCACCACAAGAAUCCCGGAAAGAUCACUUCCAUCUUCCCUAGAGAUCUCUACAAGACAGUAGCCGCGAAUCUCGCACCAUCCUCUAUCGGCGUGCGUAAUGCUGCCCAGAGCUAUGAGAUUGCUCGGUCCAAGUGCCUCGAAAUGGUUAGGAAGGCUGUAGCUCGCUGCGAGAGCACUAAUUCCAAAUUCAUUGACCAGGAUUUCGAGAUCGAGAGUGACCACUAUCUGCAGACGCAUCACUGCCUUCGUGGCUUGGUGAGGUCUUGUGAAUAUUCCUAUGAGCCCGGCUCUGUCCAUCGUGUGUCUUGGAUCUUCGACAAUCCUCAGUUUACCGUGGACGGUUUCUCUGGAUCUGAUAUCAAGCAGGGUUAUCUCGGCAAUUGCUGGUGGCUUGCUGCAAUAGGCAAUAUAGCCCAUCGUAAAGACCUGAUGAACAAGAUUUGUGUGGCUCGUGAUGAGGAAUGUGGCGUCUAUGGCUUUGUAUUUUUCAAGGAUGGAGAGUGGAUUCCUACGAUUAUCGAUGAUAAUCUCUAUCUGAAGGAGGUGGACUAUGGCAAGGACGAGGAGGUAUAUGAUGUUACUGGAAAGAAGGCCAAGCAAUGGAAGAAGAACAAGCAGACUGGGUCUGAGGCUCUCCCGUUCGCAUCGUGCGCUGAUGAGAACGAGACAUGGUUGCCUCUGCUUGAGAAAGCCUAUGCCAAGGUUCAUGGCGAUUAUGAAGCUCUUGUCGCCGGCUGUGUUGGAGGCGGUGUUGAAGAUAUGACCGGCGGUGUCUCAAGUAUGGUUCUCACCACUUCUAUCCUACGUAAGGAAAAGCUUUGGCGCGAGCUGCUUCAGGCCGACCAAGAUGAUGGCGAGUUCGUGUUUGGCCUUUCUCCUUCGUAUAGCCCAUGGGUUGGAGAUCAGAACGGCAUCGUUCUAGGUCAUGCUUAUUCAAUCAUCCGGGCGCUUGAGGUAACUGACGAGAAUGAAAACAAGAUUAAGCUUGUCAAGAUCAGGAACCCAUGGGGUGAAACGAUGCGCGGUGAAGGAGAGUGGCAUGGCCCCUGGUCGGACGGGUCCAAGGAAUGGACUGGAGACAUGCUGAGAAAGCUUCGCCAUGAGUUCGGUGAUGAUGGCGUUUGGUGGAUGACGCUUGAUGAUAUGCUCCAAAACUUCCAGCGGGUUUAUCGAACCCGUUUAUUCGACGCGAGGUGGACAGUUGCUCAGCAGUGGACGAGCCUCCCAAUCGCAUGGGUUGCUGGUUAUCACAAAACGAAGUUCGUCAUCAAUGUUCAGGAGGAGGGUCUUGCAGUCAUUGUCUUGUCAAAGCUUGACGAACGAUAUUUCCAAGCCCUGGCCGGUCCGUACGACUUCACUAUGAACUUUAUCGUUCUGCCCUCUGGGUCAGACGAGGCCAUUGCAGAAGCGCGAUCCAGCAAGCUCGAUAGCAAUGAUCGGUCUGCCAGUUGCGAGAUAUUCCUCCAGCCCGGGAAGUAUGAUGUGAUUCCCAGGGUCCUUGCAGAGCGUUCCAAUUUGCCGCCCGUUGAAGAUAUCGUCAAGGAAUACUCUACUGCUGAUCCCCUUAAGCUUCAGCAGAAGGGGCUGCUAUACGACAUCGCUCACGCUAAGGUUGGAGUUUUAGACGAGGAUGAAGCAUAUGUAAAGAAGAGGCAAGAGGAGAAGGAGAAGGAGAAGGCGAAGAAGAAGAAGGAAAAGGCAGAAGAGGCGGAGAAGGAUCAAAUGAAGCAGGCGAUGGAUCAGAUGACGUCCGCCAUGGCAGCGAUGCAGGUGGAGCUCGAUAAAAAGGAGAAAUCAAAGGACGAGGAAGAGAAAAAAGACAAAGAAAAGUCUAAGGAAGGAGAAAAGAAGAGUGGAACUACCUCGAAAGAUGAGAAGAAGGAAGGUGAUUCGGACUCCAAGGCUACGCCUUUUUCUGGUGAAUCUGCAGCACCCUCGGCAGCAAACAAUGAAGGGGGAAAGAAGGAGGAAAAGUCAGAAGAGAAGAAGGAAGAGAAGGAAGAGAAAAAGGAAGAGGAAGAUAAGGAAGAAGACGAGUCGUUCGACGAGGAGGAGGACAAGGCUAAAGAGAAGGCCGGUGAGGAUAAGGAUGAGGACGAUGAUGAGAAUGAGGAUGAGGAAGAGGAUGACAGCGAUGACAGCGAUGAUGAUGAUGAGGAGGAGGGCAAAUUACCUUGGAAUGCUGUAUGUGUCGCAGGUCUGCGCGUUUACUCGGAGGACAAGAACAUUUCGGUCGAGGUUGUGCAAAGCGAAGAAUGA